ACAGGAGAGCAUCUCUGCCAGCCACUGGUACCGCCCAAAAAUAUAUUUCCACAUCACUCCAUCGCCCUAAUCACUUUAGAUACCAAUAACAGAGAGCUAAAGAAGCAAAGAAAGAAAAUAUGGCACACGCUAUGGCUUCAAUGGCGGGUUUACACGGCUCCUCCCAGGCUGUCUUGGAAGGCAGCCUUCAGCUAAGUGGCUCCACCCGCUUGAACAUCGUCAGCAACAACCGGGUUUUGAACAACCGAACCGGGUUCGCAGUCAGGGCCCAGCAGCAGGGGUCAACCGACACCGAAACCAGCAGCCGUCGGGCUGUUUUGGGCCUUGUGGCCGCUGGUUUGGCUUCCGGGUCUUUCGUUCAGGCCGUGCUCGCUGAGGCGAAGUCCAUCAAAGUUGGCCCACCUCCUCCUCCCUCCGGUGGAUUGCCUGGAACUCUGAACUCAGAUGAGGCAAGAGACCUUGAUUUGCCUCUUAAGAAUAGGUUCUUCUUGCAGCCACUGGGCCCUACAGAGGCAGCUCAGAGAGCUAAGGAGUCAGCCAAGGAGAUUCUUAAUGUGAAGGGGUUGAUAGACAAAAAGGCUUGGCCAUAUGUCCAGAACGAUCUCCGACUCAGGGCUGAGUAUCUUCGCUUUGAUCUCAACACUAUCAUCUCUGCCAAGUCCAAGGAAGAGAAAAAGCCCCUUAAGGAACUCACCGGAAAGCUCUUCCAAGACAUCAGCAAUUUGGACCAUGCAGCAAAGAUCAAGAGCUCCCCCGAAGCAGAGAAAUACUACGCCGAGACUGUAUCUACCCUCAACUCUGUCCUUGCCAAGCUUGGUUAAGAGGAAUUAGUGUAUCUUAAUGUAAUCUAUUUUUUUAAUGACAUUUUGUUUGUAUGUUUCAAGUUGUGAA